AUGAUCGAGAACACUGAGCAACGAAAGCUGGAGCUGAAAGAAUUGUUGCAAGCUGCCUUGGACCGAGGCACGUUGACGCGUCCCGAAGCUUUGGUGCUUAGAGGUAAACUAGGAUUUGCAGACAGCUUCGUGCACGGUCGCUUAGGGAUCUUAGUGCUAAGUAAGCUAAUCGAACAUGCCUACGGGGCCCAAAAGCAAAUCGAUGAGAGCUUGCGAGAUGCCCUUCGUUUCAUGCUUGAACGUUUGAACUCAGGCAAACCACGAGUGGUUCGUGCUCACAGGCUUGCGCAAUGGUAUAUCUACUCCGAUGCUUCAUAUGAGCAGGGCAACAAAACAGGGGGCAUUGGAGGUGUUCUUGUCAAUGAACAAGGUGAGUGUGUCUCUUGGUUUGGGUUCAGUGUUGACUCUAAGUCUAAGACUUGGCUAGAGCUUGGUGCCUCCGCCAAAGACACCAUCAUUUAUGAACUAGAGUUGUUUGCCGGAGUCCUUGCGUUAAAAUUUUGGAACAGCAAAAUCUCGUGUGGCCUUCAAGUAUGGUUCGGUGACAAUGAAGCCGUCAGGUUCUCCCUGAUAAAAGGUUCUGCCGAAGGUGACGUUGCGCAGACCUUGAUGCGCAUCCAUCUAGAGCAUGAAGCCUUAAACAGUUCUCAGGCUUGGUUCGCUCGUGUGCCUACUGAAGCCAACAUAAGUGACUUCCCUUCCAGAGGAGAAGCGCAUCCCAUGCUCAAACCCAAAUUGUCCGAGAGCCUGCCAGCCAAAGAUUCCUUCGAUGACAUCAUGCAGUGUUUGCGAUAUCUUGGUGUGCUUGCGUUUGAAGGGGGACAGGCCGUGCACCGCACCCCAAUGUCUCGUAAGAGAAAAAGGGGGCGCUCAUGUCUUGCUUUGUGA